AUGAUAAUGAUGAUGAUGAUGAUGAAGAUGAUGAUGAUAAUGAUGAUUUUGUUGAUACAGGAGAGAUACGCAACAGCAACAGCACCACUAACGACAGUGACAGAAAAUGAUAGCAGCUGCCAACCGCAAGCAAUCGCAUCGAUCGGCCGCAGCAAUCAGCAGUUACUGUUUUUCCCCCAUCUCUCUGUAUGGUUGAAUAUAUCUGUGGUCGAUAUACUCGGCGGUGGUUGUAGCGGUAGCGGUUGCACGCGUUUUCUGGUUGCUUUGCCGUCAGCAUUUUCUGAUGAACUUUGGUUGUGGCAGGUUCAAUUCUCGGUUAAUAAGCAUUCGAUUCGGUUGGGUUCGGUCGAAUUCGGUUCGGUUCGGUUCGACUCGUCGGCACAGACGACUGACAGCAAAUGA